AUGUCUCCAGUCGCUUCCUUUCAUCCGGGCGAGCUCGGCGUACAGCGCCGUGCAGGCACUCGAGGCGUAGCUGAUGAGCUUUCUCGUGGCCUAAACGACCAUCUUCCAGAGGGCGGUGCUCUAAAUUCCUUGCUUCAUAAGCUUCGGUUCCUUGCUCUCACCUCCGUGGGUCCUGCAACCGCCGAAACCCCCGGCCAUUCUGUUUGGGUCUCUCUCAUGUUCGGGCAACAGUUUGUGCAUUCGACCUCAUCUGAUAAGCUUUCCAUCCGUUUGGACGGGCUGCCCAGAGGAGAUGUCCUCUAUGAACAUCUCGCGAGGAGCGAGAAAGAAAUUCCUGUCAGUGUUAUCGCCCUUCACAUGAUGAGCCGUCGCCGGUAUCGCACGAACGGGGUCGUCACGAAGCUUCAUGAUGCACCGGCUGGGCCGCGUGCAACUCUCGAGAUAUCCGUCCUGGAGGCGUUCCCCAACUGUCCAAAGUACAUCCAGGCGCGCGAGGUUACGCAGGCUACGUCCUCGCUCCCGCCGGUUCCAGAAGGCGCCGCGUAUGAAACAGACCACUCUCUUUCAGCAGCCGACAAGGCGCUUAUCGGUCGCGCGGAUGCGUUGUGGAUUGGGACUUACUACGAGGCCGCCGGGGCAGACACCAACCACAGGGGUGGGCGGCCGGGCUUCGUGCGUGUGGCGUCUGGAAAGGAGAUCUUCUGGCCGGAGUAUCGAGGAAACGGCAUGUUUCAAUCAUCCGGAAACCUGCAAGUCGAUGAUAGAGCGGGCGUCUCGUUUGUUGACUUUGACACCGGCCAUACGGUGCAGCUUUCAGGGCGCGCCAGUAUUGAGUGGGACGUGGACGCAGCUCUACGCGUGGAGAAGUCUGCGUUGCGGCUGACGCGUUUCCGAAUAGCGGCCGUCCGCAGGAGUCGCGGACCUGCGACCAAUUACAGGUGGACGUCGCCGGAAUACUCGCCAUACAGUCCAAUGUUGCCGCAUGAAGAUGGCGGGGCGGAGUCAAUGGAGAAGUACCCGAUGAGAAUAUCGCUUGUCAAGGUGACAGAAGAAUCGGCUGUGGUCAAGACGUUUCGAUUUGUGGCGGCGGAGCGCAUUCCGUUCUUGCCAGGUCAGUACGCGUCUUUUGACUUUGGGGUGAUGCCGGAGAUCUGGAGCGACAGCGAGCCGAUCAUCCGCACAUGGACUCUGUCCGAAGUGGCAAACUCGACGGAAGGGGAUCUCACGCUUGAGGUGUCUGUGAAACGCAAAGACAAAGGGGUGAUGUCGAACUGGUUGCACGACCACGCGAAAGUGGGACUGCAGGUGAAGCUGCUCGGAAUCGGUGGGGACAUGACGCCGUUCAACACGGACGAGUUGCCAGAGAAGAUGCUGCUGAUCAGCGGGGGAAUCGGGAUCACGCCCAACAUGGCCAUCCUGCGAGGCAUUGGUGCGCGCUCAGAUGGUGCGAGAAAUGUUGCGCCGGAUGUCGUAAUGGUUCACCAAGAACGGUGUGAGGAUGACAUGCCGUUCAAGGACGAACUGCACCGGCGCGCGAGAGUAUCGAAGGGAAGGACAAAGCUGAUCAAGUUGAUUUCGGGCAAAGAGGUUGCGGGUGAGAAGGACGGCGGGGGCGAUGAAUCAGGGAGUAUUGAGAAGUAUUCAGGACGUGUCGAAAAGGAUUUCUUGGGCGAGCACGUGCCGGACGUUGCGUCGCGAGUUGUUUAUCUCUGCGGUCCUGUAGGUUUUAUGGAAAGUGUGAAGUCGAUGCUGUCGUCGCUGAACGUGCCCGCGGACAGGGUUAUCACAGAGGAAUUCAAUUUCUGAAGGGGGGUAGGCCUUGCUUUCUUUCUAGAGGAGCUCUCUCUGCAUCCCAAAACAUUGGACAGCAUCAAUAGACAAGAGGGAAGUUGGCAGCAUGGAGGAACGGAUAUGUGAAAUGCGCAAGCUUGGUAAAUUUAACAGUUGUAUGUAAUGUAGGUGAGUUGUAGAUAUUUCGUGAAAGCGGUAUGUGGAUGCGGGGUUACAUGCGACACACCACAAGCGGUUCCGUCAAGAGUUAUUAAAUAUCACGCGGACGCAUGAGAACGGUGAUAGAGUAGUGUCGGGUUGCGCCUCCGAAUACGACAUUUUCUCGAUUUGAUCAUUCAACUGAUACAAACUGGGUUGGGAUUGAAUGUAGACUGCGAUUACACUCUCUCUGACGAUUGGAGAGUGUGAGAGAAAGUGGAUUGAAGCGGUAGUGUCGGAGGAGUUGUUAAAAAUGACGAAAACCAGCG